CGUCACUCUUAAUAACCUCGCAAUGUAUGUAUUGUAUAUAUAAAUUCACAGGACUAUCUGCAGCAUAUAACAAACGUAUCGAAUAACUGAGUUCACUGUAUUGUUAUAACUUUCACUCAAUUAUUUAAAUAUAUAUAUAUCAAUAUGUGGAGGUAUUUAGCCGUACCUGUCUUAAUUAUGUGUACAGCUGUUACUGUACAAGAGUCAAACGGUUCCUCCCAGCUGAAACUCGAGUCAAGUCCUGGAGUGAUUCAUCCGAUUUUCACCAAGAAGUUUCAUCUUCAUUGUUCUGUGCAAAAUAAAAACUGGCGAGCAAAAGUUAAAGAAACCACAGUGAAAGAAGUCGAAAGCACUUCUGACCAGCCAUUGUGGAAUGACGUAGAUCUAAAGAGCCCACAGGAAGCAAAAAGCACUAUGUCACAAGAGAAAGCUGACUUUUCACAGCUGCUGUCAUUGGUUGUGACCAAACUCGACCCGGACACUGACACCAACGUCACCAUAGCCAGCGUCACUGGAUGCGAUGAUCCGGUCAUAGAGAAAGCAUUUCUUGACCUUGUGGAGGUGGAAGGGAGCUCUGAAGGGUCGCCAAGAGACGGAGAACAGGGUUACCUCACCUUGACCUGGGAUAGGCCGGUAGGCAGCGAUGCUGGCUCCUUUACUUGUGAGGCUUACGCUUUGAAUAAAGAAAAACACCCGGUGUCACUCUAUGCUUCUGUUGACGUUGAGACAGUUGAAACCACAAUCCCUGACCUGGUGGAGUAUGUUCUCUUGACGGACAAGUAUAUAUUUGAUCUUAAAAGCAAGAUAGCUGAUAUCAGCGAGGAAAUGAAAAGUGUAACUUUAGAAAAUAAACAAAUUUCAGACAAAAUGAAGACACUUAAAAAGGGUAGUGUUCAGACGGGUACAGUGGCUUGCGGCACCGAUAAGGUCACUUUUUCACCUGCUUUUAAUAGCACCCCUACGGUGUUUACUUCAUUAAAUACUUUCUCAGCGACUUUGUACAGCCACAAUUCUUAUUCUAUGUCAAUGUCUAUGUCAAUGUCAGUAAUUAGUGUCACAAAAUCAAAUUUUGUCACCAGUUGUAGUUCUAAUUAUAAUUCUGCUAUUUUUAGCUGGAUAGCCUUCGAUGUUUAAACAUUGGUAGAUGUACUGUUUAUAUGUUUCUAAUAUUGUAACCAUUUACAGAAUUAGUAAUAUUCAUAUGUUUGUUAUGUAGAAGAUAUUUAUUAGUUUCUGAAUUUAUCACAUCUUUAAUAAUCGUUAACUUGGUUGUGUAAAAGUGCAUUUCUUAUUAAACGCAAGUUUCUUAUUCCAUACGCUAGGACAGACUUUCACAAGUGCUUCGUCUUCCUUGAUCAUGGAAUAUUCAGGUAAUUAAUAGAGGCAUAGGUCUAUGUUCUAUGGAUUGCAGUUCUAUCUUUAAACGUUAAAAAUCCCUUUCAGACCUUUCAGACCAUGCGGUCUAUGGGACAUAUGAUGUAAAGGUCAUCUGUUUCUGUGGCCCACGGUUAACGUGUCUCGUGACCAACAGAAUGAACAGCCGCCUUUACUUUUCUCCAACUAAUAUCAGGUACUCAUUAUAGCUGGCUAGAGUCAGUGGCGCCAUAAGCAUCCCAAAAUUAAACAUCAAAGUCUUCACCAGGAUUCGGACCCAUGACAAUCCGAUUCGUAAGCUAACCCAAGCUUUACAACUCAGAUCGCAAACAUUUUAUGCAUUACUGCAUUGAAUUUACACAAGGGAGCUAACCAAACUAAAGAGAACAAAAUCAUCACUGAUAUGAGAGUGGUGGCAAAUGAAUGCUGUUCAAAAGACUUCCAAGCUGUAUAAAUGCCGUUUUUCUUUUGUAUUCAUUUGUUUUUAUUUCAUUACAUAUCUGAAUGUUAAUUAGUAGAGACCGUCACAUGUCCACAACAUAAAUUGGAUCCGAGCGAACUGGCAUGCUAUAGAAUGGGGGACGCUCUUUUCACAUUUAUUAAGAAUAAAUAAACAAAUACAAAUAUAAAAAAAAAUAAAAAGUAAAGUUCCCCUUUCAGACCUUGCGAUCUAUGGGGCAGAUGAUGUUAAGGUCAUCUGUUUCUUAGGCCAACGGUUAACCAGCAGGGUGUUAUGUGGCCAGCACAACGACCAACCGCCUUUUACUUUCCCCAACUAAAGUCAGGUACUCAUUAGGGUUGGGUAAACUCAGGGGCUCCCUAAAAAUCCCGAAAUUCAAAAUCCCAGUGUUCACCGAGAUUCGAAACCAAGACCUCAGGUUCGGAAGCCAAGCGUUUAACCACUCGACCACCGCGCCCACAAAUAUAAAAAAAUGAUUUCAUAUAUAACUCCAGGGGCGGACUGGGUGUCCAAAUCGGCCCGUGCAUUUCUAUACAAUCCCGCCCACUAAUUAUAUACCAUAUGAUGAGUAUCGAAUUUGAGGUCUACCUGUCCUCAAAAUGUUUAUGUGAAGUUUGAUAAUUUCUUGAUAUUCAUGCAUACAGUGAACUCUAUAUAAUUAUGGAAAUAUAGGCCUUACGUUGCUUUUCAAUCUAUAAGUAUGUAGGCCCUACAAGGAUGAAGCCUACUUGAAGCACUAUGAAUGAAGGCUAUUACAUUAUUUCGGAAAAAUGUUAGAUUAAAAUAGUAUUACACUGCAAUGUCUGGGAGAUACCUUUUUUAAACACGACGCUCAGAGGAUAUUUUAGAAAAGAAUUAUAAAACCUUUAACAAUUUGUUACUGGCAUCCAUGCCCUUUUGGUGACCCUACCGGCCCAUUUUGGUUCCGGCCCACAGGGCAUUUGCUAGAAUGAACAUAUAGCCAUUCCGCCCCUGUAUGCGUAUCUGUGUGUGUAUAAUGAAAUGAAACAAAAAUACUUAAGAAAAUGACAAUAAAGUCAUGAAAGAUGCCUUUCUAAAACACUCACUAUUCUUAAUGAUAACCUGCACCCAUUAAACCACUGUUACAUAAGAUCUGAACGAAGUGGUCGUCUCCUUUCUAUUAGGACUAAAACAGAAAGAUUUAAAAACUUCUUCAUCCCGCUGUCGGUCAGAGUGUUACAAGAUCAGCUGUCGUCAUCGAGAAGUGCAUAGAAGUCUAAUUCAUAAAGCGCUGGAUGUGAAUGUGUAUGUGUUUCGUGUGUGAAUGUUGUUCGUAUUUGCAUCUAUACUGUUAUUGUUACAGUAGUUACGCUGAGGUUGUAAAUUGUAGUCAAACUGAAUUUCCAUUUGAUUGGAUCAAUACAAAUUAUCUUAUCUUA